AUGUCAACCAAUCCAAUACCGGGAUUCAUAGUGAAUUUGAAAGACGAAGAUAUCUUUGAAUGGGAGGUCGGAAUAAUAGGAGCUCCAACGACAGUAUACGAAGGUGGUUACUUUCUGGCUACCAUAAAGUUCCCACAGGACUACCCAUUCAACCCUCCCACAUUCAGUUUUAAUGAUUCGUUCUGGCAUCCCAAUGUAUACGCAGAUGGUCGAAUCUGCAUUUCAAUACUGCACCCUGCGGGAGAAGACGAACAUGGCUAUGAAAGACCGGAAGAACGCUGGAAUCCCACUCAGACCGUGGAGUCAAUUUUGCUCAGUAUCGUAUCCUUAAUGAGUGCUCCCAACUGUGAUUCGCCAGCAAAUGUAGAUGCAGGUGUGCAGUAUCGUCAGGAUAGAGUCGGUUAUGACAAGAAGGUUCGGCAACAAGUUGAGUUGUCAAAGAAGAACAUACCGAUGGGUAUGAAGAUGCCUACUACUGCUGCCGAUUUCGUGCUAAAACCACCAAUCAAGGAGAUUGAAGAUGACAGCUUCUGGCAUGAUGAUUAUGAUGAUCAAGAUGGUGAUGACGAUGGUGAUGACGAGGAAAUGGAUGAUGGAGAUGAACAUGACGAUGAAGAUGAGCAAGAGGAAGAUGAUGAAUGA